GUCAAGAAUCUCUUUCUCCCCGUGCAUCCGCCUUUGGCCUUGUUCGCCUCGUCUCUCGUCAGUUCUUUUUGCACAAAUCGACCACUACCUUUCCUUCUUCUCGAGGCCACCCGCCAGCAGAAUCGAAUUCCUUUGCAUCGCCGUCGCACUACCGCUGCCAAGAACAGCAAGCUCUCUCCGUUAAUUGUUGUUUCUGCCGACCUGUUGUUUCCAGGACCCGGCUAGAUGGCAGAUGCAAACAAGGGUUACGAUGGUUCAAUGCCCCCAGGGAAAAAGCUAAAAAUUGUGUUUGUCAUAGGAGGGCCUGGCAGUGGCAAAGGCACUCAGUGUUCCAAGAUUGUGAACCAGUUUGGGUUUACCCAUCUGAGUGCCGGAGAUCUCCUCCGCCAAGAAGCUAAAUCGAAUACCGAGCAAGGUACAAUGAUCAAGAAUCUCAUGCAUGAAGGAAAGCUUGUGUCUUCCGAGAUCAUCGUUAGGCUACUGUUGAAGGCCAUCCUUGCAAGUGGAAAUGAUAAGUUUCUUAUUGAUGGAUUUCCACGACAUGAAGAGAACCGCCAAGCGUACGAGAAAAUUGUUAACAUUGACCCUGAGUUCGUGCUAUUGAUUGAUUGCUCGAGGGAAGAGAUGGAGCGGCGAAUUCUUCAUCGAAAUCAGGGAAGAGAUGAUGACAACGUUGACACCAUUAGGAGGCGGUUUGAAGUUUUCCAGGAAUCAACAUUGCCUGUUAUUCAGCACUAUGAGAAAAUGGGGAAGCUCCGAAGGGUUGAUGGUAACAGGCAACCGGACAUGGUGUUUGAAGACGUGAAGGCCACCUUCGCGCAACUGAAUACUCAGGGUAGAAAUGUAACCAUAGCACAAACUAAUCCAUUCAAGCGUUGGUUCCUUCACCUAUGUUGUGGUUGCUUUGAUGUGCAAGAUGGGAGGAAUUGAUUUCCGGAAGAAAUGUUGAAUGACACCCUUCAGUCCUGGAUGUUGGAGCAAGAUGGUAUAAAAAAACAAGCAAUCGGUGUUCUGAUAUGCUAAUGUGUGCUAGUUCAGUUUGCUGUGAGCUCUACUAAGCCGUGUGGGUUUGAUCGUGUAAACAUUUUAGAAAAGAGAGUCCUGUCCACCUGGAGUUUGUACUAAGAUUCAAGUUUGGGUUGUGCAUGAACCCUCUUAAACCUGCAGUGACUGUCUGUGUCUGCACAUUGACACUCA